GGCUGGGAGUACGCCACUUCAUUUGCGCCCGACGCGGUAUUCACUUCCUUCUACCGGGUAGAGGCAGUGGUUCGUCGCCGACGCUGGCAUCGUGUCCGCCGCUUCCUUGGUCAUGAUCGCUGGCUCCUCUGUCCUGUCUCCCUCACCGACCUCGACCCGGCGGCAACUACUGCGGCUGUGUCUCUUGACUCCCCACGUGAGGGUGGACGCUCCGGC